AGGCUGGAGAAUCGCUUGAACCCGGAAGGCGGAGGUUGCGGUGAGCCGAGUUCCCGCCACCGCACUCCAGCCUGGGCAACAGACCGAGACUCCGUCUAAAAAAAAAAAAAAAGAAAAAAAAAAGUAGAGAUAAAAGGACAUCAUGUCGGCAAUGUCCUCUCAAAUGGCAGAAUGAUAUAGCACGUUCAAAACGGUAACAUUUGUGGAAUCUAGAAGGGCUUAUGGGAAUUAUUUGUACUAGUUUAGCAAUAUUUCUGUAAGUGUGAGUUACUUUAAAAUGAAAGGUUAACAAAGUUACUGAGAUUAGGGAGAGAACGUGAGGAGCGAACAGGCUUAAUACUAAGCCAUGAAUAACCAACAAUUAAGUAAAACUCGGGAAAAUAAAAAGGAAGUCAAAUGGCAUGCGAUCAACGGAAGACAUAGCUUCCGUACUCUUAACCUUAAAUUACUAAGCGAUGAUCUUCCUGCAGCUCUCCAAUCCAAAUCAUCAAAGACAAUCUCGCCGCCCAACUUUGCCAAAAAGCAAUUCGGCUCCAGCCGGCUCCGCCAUGUUUUUCCAGCGAGCUGCGCGUACGCACGCACGGGUUCACUCACCAACCAAUCGGUGCCCACGUCGGCGUCUCGUUACCGAAGGGGCGGUGCGUUCUUCUACACAUGCGCAUGGUUGGGCGGGCCUCCUUCCUUCUCGCCUAACGCCGCCAACAUGGUGUUCAGGCGCUUCGUGGAGGUUGGCCGGGUGGCCUAUGUCUCCUUUGGACCUCAUGCCGGAAAAUUGGUCGCGAUUGUAGAUGUUAUUGAUCAGAACAGGGCUUUGGUCGAUGGACCUUGCACUCAAGUGAGGAGACAGGCCAUGCCUUUCAAGUGCAUGCAGCUCACUGAUUUCAUCCUCAAGUUUCCACACAGUGCCCGCCAGAAGUAUGUCCGACAAGCGUGGCAGAAGGCAGACAUCAAUACAAAAUGGGCAGCCACACGAUGGGCCAAGAAGAUUGAAGCCAGAGAAAGGAAAGCCAAGAUGACAGAUUUUGAUCGUUUUAAAGUUAUGAAGGCAAAGAAAAUGAGGAACAGAAUAAUCAAGAAUGAAGUUAAGAAGCUUCAAAAGGCAGCUCUCCUGAAAGCUUCUCCCAAAAAAGCGCCUGGUACUAAGGGUGCUGCUGCUGCUGCUAAAGUUCCAGCAAAAAAGAUGACCACCGCGAGUAAAAAGGCUCCAGCCCAGAAGGUUCCUGCCCAGAAAGCCACAGGCCAGAAGGCUGCGCCUGCUCCAAAAGCUCAGAAGGGUCAAAAAGCUCCAGCCCAGAAAGCACCUGCUCCAAAGGCAUCUGGCAAGAAAGCAUAAGUGGCAAUCAAAAAAAGUAAUAAAGGUUCUUUUUGACAUGUUGGCAAAUGUAUUUAAGCCUUUGGAUUUAAAGCCUGUUGAGACUGGAGUUAGGAGACAGAUUGAUAGUAGGAUUACAAUAAACAUUAAAUAAUCA